GUUAUUAUAUUGUACAGAGAUACUUUGUAGUGGGUGAGAGACUGAUUGAGUGGAGUUAGUGUGUGUUUUUUUUUUCUGUUGAAAUAGAAGAAAGUGGGGAUUUUAGGUUGAUUGGUGAAGAAUGGAAAUGGAAGGGAAACCAGGUUUACUUGGUUACAGAAUGCCUGCAGAAUGGGAACCUCAUUCUCAAUGUUGGAUUGGUUGGCCUGAACGUCCUGAUAAUUGGCGAGAUAAUGCUGUUCCUGCUCAAAGAGUGUUUGCAGAUGUGGCUACGGCGCUCUCAAAGUUUGUGCCUGUCACUGUUUGUGCAACUGCUGCUCAGUGGGAAAAUGCACGUACUCAGAUCCCAAAUCAUAUCAGAGUGGUGGAGAUGAGUUUGAAUGAUUCAUGGUUCCGUGAUACUGGUCCAACUUUUGUUGUUCUUAACAAAGCACUAAGUGAGGAAGAUAAAGCACCCAAGGUUGCCGGAAUUGAUUGGACUUUUAACAGUUGGGGUGGUGCUGAUGAUGGUUGCUACAAGGACUGGAGUCAUGACUCUCUUGUGGCAAAAAAGAUUUUGGAAAUUGAGAAGGUCCCGAGAUUCCCCCAGACCCUCAUUCUUGAAGGUGGAAGCAUUCAUGUAGACGGAGAAGGGACUUGCCUUACAACUGAAGAGUGCCUUUUAAAUCCGAAUCGCAAUCCGCAUCUGACUAAAGAACAAAUAGAGGAUGAACUUAAAAGUCACCUUGGAGUCAGAAAAUUCAUUUGGUUACCUCGUGGAUUAUAUGGUGAUGAUGACACCAAUGGCCAUAUCGACAAUAUGUGCUGCUUUGUGAAACCUGGUGUCGUUAUGUUGUCCUGGACUAAUGACAAAUCAGACCCCCAGUACGAGCGUUCAAUUGAGGCCUUCUCCAUUCUCUCCAGCUCUACAGAUGCUUGUGGUAGAAAAUUAGAAGUAAUCAAAAUCCAUGUUCCCGGGCCACUUUAUAUGACUGAGGAGGAAUCAGCUGGAGUUAUUCAGGAUGGUGAUGCUAAACCUAGACCUCCUGGUACUAGACUUGCUGCAUCAUAUGUGAAUUUCUAUAUAGCAAAUGGAGGGAUCAUAGCCCCAGAAUUUGGGGAUGAAAAGUGGGAUAAAGAAGCAUUUCAUGUCCUUUCAUCGGCCUUUCCAGAUCACAAGGUAGUGAUGAUUAAAGAUGCCAGAGAGAUUGUUUUGGCAGGUGGGAACAUACACUGCAUAACACAGCAACAGCCAGCCCCCUCUAGCAGUAUCAUUAACACAUGAGUUAUACCUGUUGUAUCAUACACUGUUGCUUCUUCUCUUCUUCUUCUUAACCUCUAAGUUGGUCUCAAUGUAACAGGUAGGGUAUAAGCCAAUAAAGCUUACAUCCCAUUGUGACCUGUAAAUGUCACAUCUGUAAUUGUUAACUUGUAAUGGGUUUAAACAAGUUAAAACUUUUAUUUCUUAAUAAAAAGAAGGGGAAGAAGAUGUUUAUGUUUUAA